AUGUCUGCCGCUGUGGCAGAUAGUAGCUACAGUUUGGUGCACGGACGCCCCAUUAGGCCCCUCCCGAAACGUCGACUUCGUUUACGACUGUCCGAGGAUGCCAGUGCUGCUCUGUUCGGUCCUUCGCAGCAACCAACUACCCCACUAUUCUACUUUCCAUACAACAAUUACGCUGGAGACACUGCUCUAGGUGGUACCGGUACAUCUAUUGGCUCCAGUACGGGCAAUCAUAACAUAGGGGACAGCCUGCAGGACUCGUCGGAUGAGGAGGAUAACUCUAAUGCAUCGGUUUCUCGUGGUGUCGGGAAUGAUGGUUCUGGUGUAACGGAGGGUGCUGCUGGUCCGACAGAUUCCUAUGAGUGGUCCGAGAAUACCAAUAAUAAGAAGAAGCGGAAGAUCCCAACACCUGCAGGUUCCGGGGGUACAUGUAAUGUUGGAGGAAAUGGGGCCGGCGGGGGCGGAUCUCAGUCUUCAUCCGGAUUUUCGCCUACCCCAACUCCUACACCUCGGAGCCGUUGGAAAACGAGUGGUUCUACACAGAGAUCGCCGUUAUCUACUAUUUCUUCAGCGAACCACGCAUCCUUACGGAGGAAUUGCCGGAGAUAUUCAUCUUCACCGUCAACUGAUGCAUUCGCUAAAAAGACAACUGGCGGGAAAUAUUCUGGGGAUGAACCUGUGACUCUCUCAAAAGCAAGGCGUCGGGCUGAGGAUAACGGUAGUUUAGCUGGGUUACCACCACCGCCGAAACAAACUCAGUUUACUUUUGUUUGUGAAUCACCGGUUUCUGCAAGCUUAGCGUUUUCCACAUCUUCUCUCCACAACUCUGCAUCUACCGUCAGAGAAACGGUUAUUGUUGGUCCUGGAUAUCAAAAAUCAAUGCAUACAAUUGGGACACAAACAUCCCCCAUGUCAAAUCACACUGCCUAUCCUCCUAUACCUCAACAGACAAAGAAGAAGCCUGGCAAUCGAGCUCCAAAUUCUAGACGUGAAUAUGCCUUUCAGCAACAGCGACGACGCAGGCAGGAAGCAAUGGGAGGAAGUGGGAAUAAUAAUGGGGAAAAUUGGGUCUGCGAAUUUUGCGAGUACGAAAUGAUAUUUGGUGAAGCUCCGGAGGCACUUAUACGACAAUAUGAGAUUAAAGAUCGUAAAGAACGGCGAAAGAUGGCGGAAAAACGACGGCUUCUUGAGAAAGCUAAGCAAAAAGGAAAGAAGAAUUCUGGGAAAAAUUCUGGAAAGAAGGGAGGGGGUAAUACUCAUCAUAACAAUUCAAACUCUACGGCUCCUCCACCACCUCCGCCCAGCACAACGGACUCACAAGGAACUCAGAGUGACAAUACACCCCUUGCUAGCGCGUCCCAAACUCCAGCGUUGAGGCCGCAACGACAUAGCCAACAGGUGCAGACUGAAUCCUAUCUGGAGGAAAGCAAUAACCAUGUGAGUACUGGUAGGGGCGCUGGGGGCGGGGGCGGCGGAACAAGGGGCGGAGUCAGUGCCGGAGGUAUUGGAAGUAUUGCAGGUAUUAAUAGUGGUGGUGCCUCGUCUUUGUAA